AUGUUAAACGUCUCAGAUUUCAAUUCAACAGCCACCUUGAACUACGGCGUAUCGUCGUUGCUCAACGUAGUUGUUUUCCAGUAUUUCGCCAACCUUUUUACUACCUGUAUUAUUCGAAGCGUCACAGAACGGCAACUUUUUGACGGUUUUACUAGCUCCUAUCCCAUUAUUUGGUCGGACAUUGAGGAGUCCAACGACGAUGUAAUUCUCGCCAAUAUUGAAAAUGGCUGCCAAUCGUUCAUCCUUACUGAAAAAUCAGCUAUCGAUUUCCUUGAUCGAUUUCAUACGGUGCACGAUCAAGCGAAUCAGCGCUUCGCCAAUAAAUACGUCAUAGUGUUACUGAAUCAGCAGUCGGAAAAAUCCCUUCUGGAUCGUAUCGUUCAUCACCAAGCCAUCCUAGAUAUUCCGCGAUUGCUUAUCGUUUAUUCGAAAGAAGACGACCAAAUCGAUUUGAUCACAACUACGUACAACACCCGAGGACCUGAUCGAGAUAUUAUUGUUCUGGACAGUUUCGUGCCGUCCCAAAAUAAGUUUCUCCAGGGUAAUGAUCUGUUCCCAGAUAAAAUUCGUGAUUUGAAUGGACUGUUUGUGCGUCUGGCCAUAUUCAACUAUUCGCCGUACACGUUAUGGAAUGUGAUCCAACCCAAUCAAAUUUCUAACGUACUCCACGAUGGCAAACCAGUACUGUACGUUGAUGGAACCGAGUCUCGAAUAUUUCUAGAGUUUUGUGCAAAAUUCAACUGCAGCUUAGAAAUAUCAUUGGAUGAAGCAGGCGAAUGGGGAGAGAUAUUCGAUAAUCGGACCGGAAAUGGAAUUAUUGGAGCGGUCGUGGAACGACGCGCUGAUAUUGGCGUCGGAGCUUUGUACUCGUGGUUCCACGAAAACCAAUUUCUUACACUAUCGAAGCCAAUUUCGAGAACGGGCGUUACUUGUAUUACACCAAAGCCGAAGCUGCUCAGCAGCUGGAUGACACCGAUUCUACCGUUUUCGAUUAAUCUGUGGAUUGCCGUGAUAACAACGUUUGCGGUUGUUAGUCUUGUGUCUGUUUUCACAGAAUAUAUUGUGCAAAAUUUGUUACUAAAACUCAAUCGUCCAGUGGACCUCUGCGAAUCAUUUAUGGUUAUCGGCUGCAUAUUCAUCCUUCAAACUGUUCUUCUGAGAAUUAAUAGAAGCCAGUUUGUCUCUCAGAUGAUUUUGAUGGGAUCUUUGCUAUUCGUGGGUCUUAUGGUAGGAAAUACAUACAGCGGAGGAUUGUCUAGCAUAAUGACCAUUCCGCGUUAUGAGCCUCCAAUUAACACCGUUCAGGAUCUUGCGGAUAGUAACCUACACUGGGCAUCUACUCAUGAUGCGUGGAUUUUCUCUAUACUGAUGGCAACGCAACCAACAGUUAUAAAGUUGCUACACAACUUCGAAACCCACCCUAAGGAGUUUCUACACUCACGAGCGUUGCAACAAGAGCUUGCUUUCAGUAUCGAGCGAUUGCCUUACGGUCAUUUCGCUAUAGGCGAGUACAUCGAUGAGAAGUCGUCCUACGAAUAUCAUUACAUGAUAGAAGAUAUUUACUGGGAAAAUUGUGUAGCAAUGUCUACAAAAACAUGGCCAAUGAUGCAACAUUUGGAUGAACUGAUUUUGGUAAUUUUUCAAAGCGGCAUCCAACGCUACUGGGAACAACAGGUUGUGUCCAUCUACGAAGACUACAACGUUCAGCUGUCCAUCGGUACAUCGCGACACCGGGAAAGCUCUGGACCGGUAAAACUUCAACCAACACAUCUUCUAGGAGCAUUUCUGCUACUCGCCAUGGGAUUGGGUGGAGGUCUUGUGGCGUUUUUUCUCGAGUUGAUGUAUGACACGUGUAUUGUAAAGUGCAGAAAGCUGUUUGCGCAAUUAUGGAACAAUAAUUAUACAAAACGCGUUACGACAUAA